AUGAAUAAAAUAUCUAAAGUAGCUACGAUUUUCCUGCAAUGCUUAUUAUCUGUAAAGGUUACAGGUAUUGCAGAUGCAACAGCAUUCUUUAAUGCUCUUAGUGAUUACUAUGGAAGAGACUUUUCAAAUAUUCAUGAAAUGAUAGUAUACUGUAAUGAUAAACUAAGACCUCUACUUUUGGAGAUUUCAUACAGUAGCUCAUAUAACCAUGGAGAAUUUAUUGGAAUAAAAAGUAAUUUAUUUGGAUCUGAUAUUUUCCCUAGUGAGCCUAAUAUAGAUAAGGCUGCCUUUUGGACAUUAGGAUUUAAGAGAUCAAAAGAAUAUAAUAUUUGCAAAGCUACUUCAGAUGGGCCAAUCCCAGAGACUGAAGUUCUAAACUUGAUAAUUAGCAAUACAAAGUAUUCUAAACAAUAUGGUAUGUUCCUUAAUGCCCACUUUGCAGAUAAAUUUAUACAAUUUGUGCAGUUCUAA